AACAAAUACUUGCAUGAGAGACGAGACUAAUGUUCAAAACCCCAAGUGCCAACCUCCUCCAGCUCCCGGUUUUCUUUAAACCAGCCUCACCAUCAGCUCACUCUUUCUCGUUCACCACCAUGCGGUGGCUGCCGCUGAGGUCCGGCGGCCUUGGGAUCGCCGCUGUGUCCUAUGUGGCAGUCGACUACCUCCGCCACCUCUCGCCCACGUGGCACGGCCGUCUUCAGCCUGCGCUGCACACCGUACUCGCCAUCAUUGCCGUCAGUCGGGUUCCUUUCUACAAGCACUGGUCCUCUGAGUUUCGCGUCGUCUUUCCCUUCAUCGGUUCUAUGCUCUUUAUGAUCUUGGCUCUUCUCCUUGAAGCUCUUUGCGUCCGCUUUGUCACCGCCGUUCUCGGCCUUGAUUGGAACAGUCGUACAGCUCCUCUUCCCGAUACUGGCCAGUGGUUGCUGUUGGCACUGAAUGAGAAACUUCCUCAUACAUUAGUUGAAAUAUUGAGAGCUCGUAUUAUUGGACUGCAUCAUUUCCUCAUGUUGUUUGUGAUGUUGGCUUUUUCCGUACUGUUUGACUCUGUGAAAGCUCCUGGCCUUGGACUAGGUGCACGGUACAUGUUCACCAUGGGUAUUGGCCGUCUUCUUCGUGCCAUAACUUUUGUAUCAACUGUUCUACCAUCUGCCCGGCCUUGGUGUGCUACUACUCGUUUCACAGUCCCUUCAUAUCCUCAUCGCUGGGCUCAGAAGUAUUAUGUUCCGUAUGCUUCGGAUUCUAAUGCUAUUCGUGAAUUGCUACGACAGGAUAUAGCUUUUGCCAAUACUGGAAAAUUACUUGGGGACUUUCGGCCGGAUUGGGGUCGAAUGAGCUUCCUAAUAGAUUUUCUGCGACCAACCGCGUUGGAUGGACCAUGGUAUAGUUCACUGAAGAAUGCUGGAGGCGGCUGCAAUGACCUCAUGUUCAGUGGACACGUGCUAGUUGCUGUAUUGACAGCUAUGGCCUGGACGGAAGCUUAUGGUGGUUAUAGCUCAGUUAUCAUAUGGUUGCUUGUCGGGCACUCUGCACAGAGAGAAAUACGGGAGCGUCAUCAUUAUAGCGUAGACUGUGUCGUGGCCAUUUAUGCUGGAAUCCUCCUUUGGAAGUUUACAAGUUUCUGGUGGCCAGCCAAGGAUGCAGGCAGGGAUAGGAGGAUCACAAUGCUUGAGAAGAUUCAAAGUCGACUAACCCAAGCUGCCAAAGAUUACGACAUAGAUGAAGUGAGAGAACUUCUUAGAGAAGUUGAAUUGGGAAGUCAAGAGAGCCAGAAUAACAAAGGGCCGAGCACGCGUAUGUGGUUAUUUGCUUGUGCUAUAGUAGUCACUGCAAUCACCAUUGUUCUUCUUGCCUUGAUGAUGACAAGCGCUGGAUAAUUUCCUGGCAUGAUUCCUUCGACGAUUUAGACGGUCAAACAUACAUUGUAGUUCCUUGUGUUGUAGAUGGUUUUGAGGUUUUGUCAUGAUAUAUAGAGAUAUAGAGCCUCCUAACGGAAGGGAUGUCCAUUUUUUUUGAAAAAAUUGGAUUAAUUGUGGGAUGUAUUCCACAUCGAUCUUUGAUGAUCUGAAGUUCAAUUUUGUAAGUCUCGAUUCAUAAAUCAUCAUUGCAAAAAUU